CCUUAAAUGAAUAGCCCUCCCUUGCGGAAUUAGCUGUAACGUUAAUGUUGUGUAUGACAAUACCAAGGCAGGACUUCUCGCGUUACGAAAAUAACAACAGAUGUAGAAUCCAGAAGUAAAAUUGCCUACAGAUGUGGUAAGGUACGAGCCACGUUCGACUCCUUUUGCAUCUCUAUGUCAACUUUUUUCUUUGUCUUUUUUAAAAGUGGCAGUAUAUUUCAUGGCAACAUUUUCAUCUUUAUGUCUGUUUUGGUUGGGACAUUCGAAAAGAAGGACCAUAGAGAGAGAGAGAAAUUCCUACUGAAUGAAGAAUGUAUAGUCCAGCUGUGAGCCGAAUCCAUUCACGACGAACCACGGGUGUUUAUGAAGAAUCAACAUGUUCUACCAUCGAGGGGCAGUCUGUGAGCCUUCUUCGUUAUAACGGGUGUGUGUGUCUCCCUCCAGGGUGUGUGUGUCUGGUUCACUGUCAGAGGGGAAAGAUCAGAGGUCACAGCAGGUCGGGGGCUAGAAGUUAGGGAUCAUGUCUGCCGUGGCGUUCCAGGACCUUCCUCUUAACAUCUACAUGGUCAUCUUCGGGACCGGAGUCUUCGUCUUCGUCCUCAGCCUCAUCUUCUGCUGCUACUUCAUCAGUAAACUAAGGCACCAGGCUCGGCGAGAGAGGUUUGGAUACAAAGCGGUGGUAGUCAAAGGGGAUACAACGAAACUGAAUCUACACGGGACAUGUGCAGUGUGCUUGGAGGACUUCAGAGUGAAAGAUGAGCUAGGAGUGUUGCCAUGCCAACAUGCCUUUCACCGGGGUUGCCUGGUGAAGUGGCUGGAGGUGCGCUGUGUGUGUCCCAUGUGUAACAAGCCCAUCACUGGACCACCUGAACAUCACCACAGCCUGGGCACACUACUGGAUGAACUGGUGUAGCGCAUUGUCAUGGCGAUACAGUUGGAACGGAGUGGUGUAAUAUGUUGAUAUGACAACACAGUUGGAAUAGACUGGUCUAACAGACUAUACGUCGGUAAAGUGAAUUUACCGGACAAACUGUUCUUAAGGUCCAGGGAGAAAACCACAACAAUGGUGGAGAAAAAAGAUUCAGAUUUCAGACCCUCAUGUAUUGAUAAUGAGACGGGACACAGAGCAUUAUGGGUACUGUAGUAUAUCAUACUACACCUUAUCAAGUGGAGUCAGUCAUUUAAUGACUGACUGCCCAAACCUCUACAGUGCUCACUCAACCAGUUUCAGGAAUGAGUGCAGGAUUCCCAAACCAAACUCUGGGACUAAAAUGUCCCUCUCAACCCUCAGUCACUGUCUGGACGAGGGGCUACCUGUUGAGGGAGAACUUCAGGUAACUCAUGGGCCACAUUGCCGAACGCCCAGAUAAAAAAAUAUGAUGUAGAACAGACAUGCCUCUCUGAAAUGUAGGGUGAGGAAUCAUGUCAACUCUAUUUGUGCCAUUUCUAUCUGCAACAUCCAGUAUGUUGCACCCUGGGGAUGAUGACAUACAUUUAUUAUUAUUGUGACACGUUUCCUGCUGACUACACUGUGUGUGUGUGUGUGUGUGUGUGUGUGUGUGUGUGUGUGUGUGUGUGUGCACGCAUGCGCGUCUGUCAGAUCUGCAUCCUGCUUAUAUUAAGUGGGUGUGACGCACUCCUGUUUUGACCUGUAGGAGGAACCGACAACAACAAUGUAUUUAUUCUGACCAGUAUUUCCUAUAGAUUUGCCAAACAAGCCUUUGCAGUUUAUUGUAUUUAGAAUGAAGAGAGAUUCAGACGCAUUCCUUUCUGCAUGGUAAACUGAACUGAAGCACUGCCCAAUAGCUAAGUCGACAUUCCCUACGUGAACAUCGCAAAGAUUUUUCAAUUGAAAUGGAAAUCAUAAGACAAUAUCUGCUUUAGUAAAUAUGAGAAAAAGUC